AUGGUUGACCGCAGUGCCUCAGUGAGGUUCAUAGCUGACACAGAUUACUUGCGCUGGCAAAAUGAUUUUCCAGCAGUAACUGUUUGCGAGAUCUACUCUUAUAAAAGAGUGAAGAGGAUAUUGACUAAGGAAUUUCCCGUAUUUUCAAAUCUUAAUUACGACUAUAGUCGAUAUAUAGCCGACUUGACAUUUGGUCAUGGAAGUUGCAGUAGAUCAGUGUGUGUGGAUUGUGGGGGGAUUGUGCCUUGUAAUGUACCGUGGAGAGAAGUUAUAGAACGAGUUCACAAGAGCUGUACCGAAAUGCUGGCUGAUUGCCAGUUCAAUGGAAUUCGAUUUCGGUGUUGUGACGAAUUCUGCAUCGUUGAUUCUACGUCCGGACCAUGCUUUUCUUUAAACGGUUUACAAAACAAGUGCAGCGAAAGAGGUUUAUUUGUUCUUAAUAGGACUUCUGGUCCUGGAAUGCUAUCGUUUCGUCUAUUGGCUGAUGCGCAGGUCAUUCUACACAGCAGGGAAGAAAUAUCUUCUGUUGUACCACAGAAAUUCAAGUUCGAUAUUAAAAUAAAUUCAGUAAAACAUGCCAACAUAUUAUUCUCCAUGAAACAAAUACAAAUUGGUUCAAGUCUCGCUGAAGAAGAUAUUACAGUUAGAAAUUGUAGACGGAGUUUCGAAAUACCUGAGGAACCGCUGCACUAUUAUCACGUAUAUUCUCACGGAUCGUGUAGUUUGUCUCGUCGUGUUUAUAAAGAGUACCAGAGAUGUGACUGUGUACAUCCUAUUCAAGCUAAGUCUUUACAAAGGACUAAGUUCGGUGUAAAUGAUGAAAGUGAACAAAACGACUGUCUACCCUCGUGCGAGGAGAGUCAUAUGAGUAUAAUAUAUUUUUCCAAAACGCCGUACAGUGGAGAAGAAAAUAUGGGAUCUUUGGUGGAUGUUAAAAUGUCUGAAUUACCAACAUUGAAAUAUAAAAGAAUGUUAAUGAGAACCAAGUUGGAUUUGGUUGUUGGCGGCAUGUUGGGACUCUUCUUCAGCGCUUCUAUUUUGAGUUUAGUGGAAAUAAUAUAUCUUAUGUUCAGGUCAUAA